AAGUCAACACCACAUGACAACUGUGAGAACUUAGGCCUCCGUGAACUCCCCGCCGCGCUACCAACUUAACAGAAGUUCUGGAAUUCGGUUUUAACUUCUUGCCGACAAUUCAAGGUGAAACCUUCAGCAGACUCCUUCAUCUCACAUUUUGGAUUUAACCAGGUGCCAGAUUAACUGGAUACACGAAGACGCGUUUCAAAGCCAUGCUCAGCUAAGCACACUUGUGUUAACUGGCAACCCCUUGCUGUUCAUGGCGGACACCUCCCUGGACGGGCCCCAGUCCCUGAAGCAUCUCUUCCUCAUCCAAACAGGGAUCUCCAGUCUUCAGUUUAUUCCAGGGCACAAUCUGAGAGACUUGGAAAGUCUGCAUCUCGGGAGCAACUACAUUGCCUCCGUUAAGCUCCCUGAAAACUUCCCAGCGAAGAAUCUGAAAGUCCUGGAUUUGCAGAACAAUGCCAUCCACUUCCUCUCCAGAAAAGCUAUCGAGUCUCUGCAGCCGUCCACCAACCUGAGCCUUAACCUCAACGGCAAUGACAUCAAAGGGAUCGAGCCCGGGGCUUUUGCGUCGACGGUUUUCCGAAGUGUGAACUUCGGAGGGACUGGCAACCUGUCGGUGAUAUUCCGUGGCCUGCGGAACUCGACGGUGCGGUCUCUGUGGCUGGGGACAUUUGAGGACACAGACGAUGAGGACAUUAGCUCAGACACGCUCAAAGGCCUCUGUGAAGUGUCAGUGGAGAGCGUCUACCUGCAGAAGCGCCGUUUCUCCGGCCUCUCCCCCGCCACGUUCCGGUGCUUCACCCGCCUCCGGGAAUUGGAUCUGACGGCCACUCACCUGGAAGAAAUCCCCCCCGAGGUCGGGGGCAUGAACGCGCUCCGAAAACUCGUUCUCAGUGGAAACAAAUUUGACCAAUUAUGUCAAAUCCACGCUGCCAGUUUUCCCUCCCUCACCCACCUCUCCAUCAAGGGCAACAGGAAGAAACUUGACUUGGGGGUUGGCUGCUUAGAAAAAUUGGAAAACCUUCAGAAGCUCGACUUAAGCCAUGAUGACCUGGAGGCCCCCGAGUGCUGCGAUCGACAGCUUGCAAACCUGUCUCAGCUGCAGAGUCUCAACCUGAGUUUCAACGAGCCCCUGGGGCUCCCGAGUGAGGCCUUCAAGCCGUGUCCUCGCCUGCAGGUCCUGGACCUGGCGUUCACCCGCCUGCGUGUGCCUGCGCCACAGAGUCCUUUCCAAGGCCUCCGUCUUCUGCGGGUUCUGAACCUUUCUCACUGCCUUCUCGACACCAGCAAUCAGCGUCUCCUUGCCGGCCUGCCCCGUCUCCAGCACCUGAGCUUGGAGGGCAACCGCUUCCGAGACGGAAGCAUCCCAGCGCUCAACCCGCUUCAGGCCGUGACCAGCCUGGAGAGCCUCGCCUUGUCCUCGUGUGAUCUCUCCUCGCUACACCCGCAAGCCUUCCGGGGCCUGGGCAAGAUGUCUCGUGUCGACCUGAGCCGUAACAGCUUGACGUCGGACAGCAUCGACGCGCUGGGCCCGCUCACGGGGCUGCACCUCGACCUGGGCGCCAACCUCAUGCGCCUCAUCCCGCGCCAGCGCCUCCCCAUCCUGUCCCAGCAGAAGACGAUCAACUUGCGCCACAACCCCCUGGACUGCACGUGCUCCAAUGUCUACUUUCUAACGUGGUACCAAGAAAACAUGCACAGGGUUGAGGACGCGGAGAAGACCCUGUGUGCAAGCCCUCCGUGGCUGCGGGGGGUCAGGCUGUCCGAGGUCACCCUGAACUGCGGCCUCUCCCCUGCGGGCAUUGUCUCUCUCGUGCUAUUUUUGCUCUUGUUGGCCACUGCGCUCAUUCUCGCAACUAAGUUCCUUCUCAGGUGGAAGUAUCAACACCUCUGA